GGAGAUCUCCCACCCACCGCCGCUGCUCUCGCCCCAAAAUGCGCCCCAUAUUGCCCUGGGGCCCCACUUGAGACCCCCUUUUCUGGGGGUGCCUUCGGCUCUGUGCCAGACACCAGGUUACGGGUUCCUCCAGCCGGCACAAGCAGAGAUGUUUGCACGGCAGCAAGAGAUGCUCCGAAAGCAAAACCUGGCAAGGUUGGAGAUGUCAGCCGAGAUCAUCCGCCAGAAGGAGCUGGAGAAUCUCCACAGGCAGAGGCUCCUGGCUGGUGACCCGCUGAGCCUGCAUCCCGGCUUGCCCCCGGACCACCCGGCCCUGCGCAACGUGCAUGACAUCCCCGAGGGCCACCCGCUGCGGGAGGAGCUGUCCCGGAGGAAUGCCAUGCUGGUGCUGCGGCACAACAACACCCCCCUGCUCUCCCUCAACCCCACCGUCCCCAGCAGCGCCACGCCGCCCAAGGAGCAGCCCCGGCGGGGCAGCGCGGAGCCCCGGGCGCGGGACGGGGCGCCAGACUGUAACGAUGAGGAGAUGAAGGACUCUGAGAGCGACGCGGAUGUGAGCGACGAGAAGCCCGAGAGCCUGAAGGCCGAGAGCAGCAGCUCGGUCGCCGAGCUGAAGGAGUGCAAAGAGACGGGCAAAGUCUGCGAAGGGGUCAAGGAGCUGGGGGAAGCGGCUGGUGGCCAAAACGUCCCCUGCAGCUCCUCGAGCGCCGAGUCCCCCAGCCAUUUGCUUGGGCCAGGCAUCAACAAAAACGAGGUGAAAUACCUCCCGCCAGCCUCCAUCCCUCCACCUCAGCCGCUGCCCUUCGGAUUCCCCUACACCAUGAGCCCCUACUUCCAUGCAGGCACCAUGGGAGGUCUGUUUCUGGAUGGUGAGGAGAGCCCCGCGCUGGAAGACAUCAGCAAAUGGACGGUGGAGGAUGUCUGCAGCUUCGUGUCCAACCUGGCUGGCUGCACCGAGUACACUCAGGUAUUCCGGGAGCAGGCGAUUGAUGGCGAGACCCUGCCCCUGCUGACGGAGGAGCACUUACUGAACAACAUGGGGCUCAAACUGGGACCUGCGCUCAAGAUACGCUCACAGGUGGCCAAGCGCGUGGGCAGAGUGCUGUACAUGGCCGGCUUCCCCAUGGCCUUCCCGCUGCAGCCCCCCGG